CGGUAAGUCGAAGUUGGUUCCUUCCACAGAGUAGACAGUCCGACCCAGCGACGGGUCAGCGACCGUAUGUGGAUAGCCAUGGAGCUAUGUGAAGGACAUAUAUAAAUAGGCUACAAUGUUAUGGACAUAACGGACGGAUAUGGACUUUUGUGGUUGUGGUGCUGGAUGCGACGUUGAACCUGUGUUGUGAGACGAUAUCCGGAAGUGACGUAAUAAACGCGCAUGUGCGCUUUGUAAACGACAGCCCUCUGGAAGACGAGGAGAUGGCUGUUUUUUCUUUGACCAAAGCGGUAGAGGAGGUCAGCCACCAAGGCUAUGCCAAUAUGGCGGCCCUGCAGGAGAAACUAGACCAGCUCAGCUCUCUUCAGACGGGGAAGGACCAACUGAAGCAGCAGUUGGUUGCUCUGAGGAAGGCCACCGCCCAGAAGAGGGAGGAGCUCCGGCAGGAGAACGACGCCCACGCCCAAAUAAGGAAAGAAAUAAAGAUCCAACACAGACGGUACGAGGCCAUUGUGAGACGUCUCCACUGUCAGCUGAACAAGGCUCAGGCCUACUACAGACACCUUUCCGGAGACGUCAAUCACAUGGAGAGGCAGGUGUUGGAUCUCCGGCGACAGCUGAACUCAUCCUGAUUCCACCAGGACUGCUCGGGUCAGAGGUCAGAGGUCAAAGGUCAGGAGAAAGCUGCUUCGGAUUAGGAUCAAAACUGGGAAUGAGGGUUUGGGAGCGUCAUGUUGUCGUGUCCCUCCUUUGGCCAGCAGGGGUCAGCAGUGGCCUUCUGGUUCUGAGUUUACACGUUGUUUGGUUUGUUUUGAGUCGUUCCUUUGCUGGUUCUGAGUUCUGCGUUCCCCAAGGAUAUUCCUCCAAUUUCUAAGGGUGCAUUGUUAUUAUUAUUAUAAAUUAUGCAUUAUGUUAUCAACUUAGCGUAAAUGGUGUGAUUCAUUUCAGCACAAAUAAAGAAUAUAUUUUAUUAACACCAUGUUAAUAAUAAUAACUUAUAAAUAAUAAUGUAUAUAAUACAUAAUAAUAUAAACUAUAUCAUAAUUUUGUGAAACACUCA